AUGAGUGAAAGUGACAAUAAAUCCGUAGGUGCGGAGCACCAACAACCACACACUCCGACCAAAUCUAUUGGGAUUAGAAAAGUCGAAGUGUUGUCGGCCCAAUAUGGUGAUUGGAAGCUCAGAAUAUUACUCUUCAUUUCAAUUUUCUUUGUCGCGUACACAUAUUCCAUCGAUGCCACUUUCAGAAGCCUUGCCCAACCAUUAGCCACCGCUAGUUACGCUGAGCACUCUUUGAUGUCGACGGUUAAUGUCAUUCGUGGGGUGGUGGCGGCAGCAGCCCAACCAACUUAUGCCAGAUUAUCCGAUAGGUUCGGACGUUUGGAAUUAUUCUUGCUUGCCAUUGUGUUUUACGUGAUUGGUACCAUCAUCCAAUCUCAAGCGACCAACGUCAACAAGUUUGCUGGUGGGGCGGUGAUGUACCAAAUCGGUUACACCGGGGUGAUUGCCAUUAUCCAGAUCAUUCUUGCGGAUUUCUCAAACUUGAAUUGGAGAUUGACAGCGUCGUUUAUCCCGGCGUUGCCAUUUAUUAUCAACACUUGGGUCAGUGGGGAUAUGACUUCGAGUUUGUAUGCCCAUCAUGGAUGGAGUUAUUCGGUUUGGAUCUUUGCGAUUAUCUUCCCAUGCUCUUGUAUUCCUUUGGUAUUGUGCUUUAUCCAUAUGCACAUCAAGGCCAGGUCCACCGAAGAAUGGCAAGCAAUCACCGAAGAAGAGUCAUUGGAAAACGAGAAAACUCAUAAGUGGAACUCCUUCACCGAUAACGUGGCGGUCAAGUACUUUUGGGAUUUGGACAUCGUGGGGAUUUUGCUUAUUAUUUGUGUGUUAGGGUUCAUUUUGGUGCCGUUCACUUUGGCGGGUGGGAUCCAUGACAAUUGGAAGAAAGCAUCGACGAUUGCCCCAUUGGUCAUUGGGUUUGUCCUUAUUCCGGUAUUUAUUGUUUGGGAAGGCGAAUUUGCUAAAACCCCAAUCAUCCCAUUCCCACUCUUGAAAGACCGUGGGGUCUGGUCAGCAUUGAUCAUUGCCAUCUUCAUUGAUUUGAUUUGGUACAUGCCUAACGAUUACAUGUACACGGUGUUGAUUGUCGGGAUGAACGCUUCGGUGAAAGCGGCCACCAGAAUCGUUUCGUUGUACUCUUUUGUUUCCGUGAUCACCGGUCCACUCGUGGGGUUGUUGGUGGUUAAAGUUAGAAGAGUUAAAGGGUUUAUUGUUUUUGGGGUGGUGAUGUGGCUUGUGGCCCUCGGGAUCUUAUUACACUUCCGUGGGGAUAAUGACGGGACCACCGAAUCCCAAAAGUUCCUCGAUGGGGUCAUUGGUGGGUUGUGCUUGAUGGGGUUCGGGGCCGGUUUCUUUACCUAUUCUACCCAGGUGUCGAUUUCUUCGGUGACGUCGCACGAACAUAUGGCCACCGUACUUUGUUUAUACUUGUCGUUCUAUAAUAUCGGGAUGGCGAUCGGGGCUAGUGUUUCUGGAGCCAUUUGGACUAAUAAGAUGCCUGGCUACCUUAAUAAGGAGUUCCUUAAGCUUGGGCUCACCCAAGAGUUGGCGGAUAGUGCUUACCUGGACCCAUUUAGCUUUAUAGUCACUUAUCCAUGGGGAUCUUCUGCGAGAAUCGCGGUGGUUCAGGCUUACGCCGAAACCCAGAGGUUGUUGUGUAUUGUUGGGUUGGUGUUAUGUGUUCCAUUGUUGGCGACAACGCUUUUCUUGAGAGAUCAUAAAUUGGAUAAUGUUCAAUCUUUGGAAUUGGUGGAUCCAGAAAAGGCCAUCGAAGAAGAAAAGAAAGGCGAAGUGGUGGUGAACAAUUAUGAUGAAGAUUAUAUUGUCAGAUUUUUGAAAAAGUUGGUUUUUCGCAAAUGA